AUGUGGUCUCCCUCUUCUUUAGACAGGACGCUCCUCAGAACCGAUAGUCUAAGAAUGGCGCUGACAUCGACGACUUUCUCAAAGGUAGAAGCUGAUGAUUCUCCCUUAAUGUGCUCUGUUUGGACAUGCUCUCUGAGGAUUUUGGCUACAAAUUUAUUUCCAAAAAUACUCCAGAAUUCCAUCUUCAAAAUUGUCUGUGCAUUCAAACAAAACAAUGUUGGCAACUCUGGCAUUCUGUUUGACCCCAGUGCUAGGACUGCACUGGCAUUAAAAACACUUUAG